UUGGAAUCAUAUAUUGAGUUCUCUUCUUUGGCUAGUAUCAGGAGAUCAUCAGAGAGGUAGAGAAAAUGGGAGGUUCUUCACCAUGCGCCUCGUGCAAACUCUUGAGGCGUCGCUGCGCAAAGGAUUGCAUCUUUGCUCCUUACUUCCCUUCUGAUGACCCUCACAAGUUUGCUAUUGUUCACAGAGUCUUUGGUGCUAGCAAUGUCAGCAAAAUGUUGCAGGAGCUGCCGGUUCAGCAGAGAGCGGAUGCUGUAAGUAGUUUAGUUUAUGAAGCAAAUGCAAGAGUGAGGGACCCUGUAUAUGGAUGCGUGGGAGCCAUAUCCUACCUUGAAAAUCAAGUAUCACAGUUGCAAAUGCAGCUGGCGGUGGCUCAGACGGAGAUGCUUUGCAUUCGGAUGCAACAGGAAUCGGCCUUGCCAAUGCCUAUGCCAACUCAAAUGCAACAAGAUGACAAGUCCUUCCUUGCAGCCACUAAUAACUUGGAUAACAUAUCCCAAUACCUCAACUUCGCUUCUUCUUCUUCUUCCAGCAAUGUAAUCCAAGAUCCAUCGGCUCUCAAGAGAGAGUCUCUUUGGACUUAAAACUCUAAUUAGCUUCUCUUCCCUUUGUUCAAAUGAACUAGUACGUUUUUUUC